AUGGAAGCAAAUGUUGCUUCUGAAACACUUAUUCCAGUCAAUUCUGCGAUGCUCUGUUUAAAAAACUGCUCAAGUUCUAACUAUCCUCCAGGUGGACUUUCAACUGUUAUGACAACUACAGAUUGUGACUCAAACCCAAUAAUUGAAUCAUGGGCUGGCGAAAACUACACUACUUUGACGCUGGAUUUGACAACAUCGAUUACAAUUGGCUUUAACUCGAGUGCAUGGUUUGGCUCACUCUAUACGGGUGGUGGAGAUCCAUGGUCAAUUGUCAAUCGAUUGAAUUUAGCCCCAAGACCUGAUGGCUACAUCAAUACCAGUCCUGUUACAAAUACAUUGCCAGUAGUAUUUUACCCAAUAAAUACACCAAUAGUUCAUAUUGUACAAAUGGCAGAUAAUGAUGCUACUGAUAUAUUGCAAUGUCGUUGGUCCAAUGCAAAUUCUACAAAUAAUUACAAUGGAGUUGAUGAAUGUCAAGGUAUCUGUUACGGACUGCCUCCUGGAACUGUCCUCAUCUCGUCCAAUUGUACGUUAUCUUUCAUUCUACAAAACGCUAGUCUCUAUUAUGCUUGUGCACUUCAAAUUGAAGAUUUUUAUGACGCUAGCUCCACGACUCCAAUGAGUUCAGUUCCAAUACAAUUCCUAUUCUAUGGAUAUACAGCUGCCUCAGGUGCGUGUGCACAACGUCCAAAUAUUACUGGUAUCCGUCCAAAUAGAGCAUGUAUUGGAGUUCCAGUUGGUGUUCAACUGAAUGAAACUAUAGUUAUAGAAACAUAUUGUCCUGGUCAAACAAUUGUUGAUUUGGUCACUAGUUCACCUAUUGGAAUGACACAUAGUGCUAUUAGUAAUCCAAGUUCUAAUAUGUGGGUAAUGACAUUGACAUGGACACCCUCAGUAACACAAUCUGGUCCUCAAGCAAAUAUAGCCGUACAUGGUGGUGGUAUAUACGCUAGUCCAUCAAUUAUCUAUACAGCUCAUCCAAGGUAUUCUGAAAUAAAAAAAAUCGAAUCAAAGGGUGAAAGUACAUUUUUUAAGGAUGGUAAAUAUGUUCAAUUUGUUUUACAAUGCCGUGUACAUCCGGAUAACAUAAUAAAGAUUGCUCAAGAAACGAUUGCGGCUCAUGAUAUAAUCAUUGAUCCCAAUUUCAAUAAUGACGUUAUUGAAUGGCUUAUUGAUGCACAAGGAAAACCUAUGAUGGAUUUUAAUGAUCCAAAUUCUACUAUUGUUUGUACAGGUCUAAUGGUGCGUGUUACAGACAAUCAUCCGGGUUUAUUAUCCGACUCACAAUGGUGGUACAAAUCACAUGUAUGUGAUAAUCCAAAAUGUUGUUCGUUAGGUACAGAUUUAGAAGAACUUCAACAAGAAAAAGACAACGAGGAGACGUGUAAUAUUAUCUAUACUUGA